UCCACGAAUCCUGCAUUGAGGCAAAGGCAUGCACCAAUCAUGCUGACCUCUUCUUGCAGAAUUAAACGUUGGGUAAAAGAGGUUGCUGACUUGGAAACGCUCCAAUGUCGUUAAAACCAAGUUAAGAGAGUUUAGUGCACCGGCUUGUAAUUGAAGUUAUUGCGAUCAGUUGCAAUUCAUUACGGCUUGACAAUUACAUUUAUUAAAAUCACAGGAAUUAAAUUUCGAUCGAUCAUGUCAACUUUAGUGACUAUUGAUGGAAGCAUGGGAGAGGGUAUAGGGUGGUCAAAUUUUGAGAGUGGCAUUGAGCUUGAGCGUUCUGUACGGAAUACCUGUCGAGAUAAACAAUAUUCGAGCUGACCGACCUAAACCUGGCUUGGCUGCUCAGCAUCUCAAAGGGGUAGAACUCGUUAAACAGAUGUGUAGCGCCCAAGUGUCAGGUGCAUACAUAGGCUCCACUAAGCUGGAAUUUCGACCAGGACCUUUGCAAAAUUUUCGGCGAGAGUUAAUUGCGGAUAUCCAAACUGCUGGUUGUAUUUGUUUAUUGGCACAAGUAGCUAUACCAUGUGCCUUGUUUUCUCCUAGCACUGAUCCAGUUACCCUUAUUCUGAAGGGAGGCACAAACGUACCAAUGGGACCACCGAUAGAAUAUCUGACGGAAGUAUUGAAACCAAUACUUAACAAAUUUGGUGCUGAUUUUAAUUUCACGGUGGUCAGAAGGGGAUACUAUCCAAAAGGAGGAGGAGAAGUGCACUUGUAUAUUAAACCUGUAAGAAGCUUAAACUCAGUAAAUUUACUAGACCCUGGUGAGCCAGUUAAUGUGUCUGGUUGGUCUUAUGUUGCUGGAUCAGUCAACAUUGCUGAAGCAAAUAAAAUGGCCUCUGAUGCUAAACGAACUCUAAUUGAUGGGUUUGUUAAAAAUAAUAUUCCAGUGCCAUCAAUUAAUAUUGAGUCGUAUAGAGAAGACAGAAAUAUGGCUAUUGGCAAUGGAUCUGGUAUUAAUAUCGUUUGCAACACAAGUAAUGACCAUGUAUUUGGUGGAUCUGGUUUGGGUUCGGGUCGUCGAGAAGACAUAGCACCAGGAAUUAUCGCAGCUACGCAAGUGUUAAAUCCUAUUCUGAAAGGUUCUUGCGUUGAUGAACAUUCUCAAGAUCAAAUCAUCAUUUUCAUGGCACUGGCGCAAGGAAUCUCACGAGUACAAAUUGGAGAAAAGAACCUCACUUGUCAUACAGAAACAGCAAUUCAAGUCGCAGAACUAAUGUUAGGUAGCAGGGGACUUAAAUUUUCUGUAACUAAAGGAGGAAAUGAAGGAGAAUUUGCUCCUUAUAUUUUAGAGUGUCAUGGAUGUGGAUUAGUCAAUAAUUCUUUACUGUAAAGACUACAUACAUUGCUGUGGACUUUACAUCAAAAUGUACCCUUUUUCAAAU